AUGGAGAGACAUUGAACGUCGAGCCAACAGGUCGAGCACAUCGAUCGCGAGGCUAAUCCUCUUCAGAAACCAAAGACAAUCCCCCUUCAAGCAAGAUGUGGCAACUGACCUGGGCCUGCGCCUUCGCUUUUCUUCUGGUGGGCAGUGGGGCUAAGCCCCACUCGCACCUUUUCAACCACCACUAUGACCACUUCGAUGGACAUCAUCAUCUGAACCACCUGGAGUCCCUGCACGCUCUUCCGCACCACUUGGAUUAUGCUGUGCAGGAGGCGGUUCUUCCACCACCAGCCCCUUUGUUGCCUGGAGUGGCUCCGGCUCCUGCUUUUGCGCCAGCCCCACCACCAGUUUAUGGUCCUCCACCACUAACAGCUCUUCCUGCUCCUGCACCUGCUCCUGUUUUUGCUCCAGCCCUGGGUCCUGCAUUUGCUCCAGCUACUACUCCAGUUUUUGCUCCAGCUCCUGCUCCUGUCUUUGCUCCAGCUCCUACUCCUGUCUUUGCUCCGGCACCGCCUGCUCUGGCCCCAGCAUUUGCUCCUCUGCCGGCUCCAAUUCCAGCACCACUUCUGCCCAGUCCUGCGCUUCUCCCAGCUCCUGCACCACUGCUCCCAGCACCAGCACCACUACUUCCAGCUCCUGCCCCACUUCUGCCGGAGCUGCACCUGCCCACGGUAACACACCAAGUGCUGCCACCAGUUCUGGAGGCCGUGCCCUUUGCCCCCACCUACCGAGCCAUCCCAGGACCCAAGACCACCACCACCAAAGUCUCCGUAGGCUACCUCUUUCCCAAGGUGCUGGCCAAGCCCCAUCUCCACCUGAAGGCGCUGCCCCUGAAGUUGAAGGCCCAUCACCACCCGCUGCUGGGAAUAUUCUAAGAUGAUCCACGAACCUUACCAAAGAAUCAUCAAAGUCAUGUAGAAAAUGUAAAAUAAUCCAGUAAUUAUAAAUAGAAACUAUUUAUCGAAUAAUUAUAGAAAAGCGAAACAAAGUA